AUGCUUCUUCAACUUGACUUUGUUCCAAGUGACUGGCAGACGCAGCUUGCAGCUAUUCCUGCCGCUUUUUAUCCAUUGGCAAUUAUACCGCUGGUGCUAACUUACUACCUGUCGUCAUGCCUGGCACAAUGGAGACUUCAUGACAUCCCAGGCCCCAGAAUAGCCGCCUACAGCAAUUAUUGGUUUCUGUGGCAAUCUAGAUGGGGACGUCGAGCACUGGCACUGGACGAUGCCCACACGAAAUAUGGAAAAAUGGUUCGCAUUGCACCAAGACAUAUCUCGAUCGCGGAUGACGCCGCAAUUCAGGCAGUCUACGGCCAUGGAAACAAGUUCAUCAAGGCGCCGUUUUACGACGCUUUCCUCAACGUCUUCCGGAGUAUCUUCACAAGCAGAGACCGCGAAGAGCACAGUCGAAAGCGAAAGCUUGUCUCCCACGCGUUCAGUGCCAAGUCGAUGGCCCAGGUCGAAAAGUAUGCCCAUGCGAAUAUGGAACUUUUCGUGAAGCAAUGGAGAAAGAUUUCGGACACCAAGAAAAAUGCAAAGACGGGAUAUUCCUCGAUCGACGCCUUGAUCUGGUUCAACUACUUGUCCUUUGAUAUCAUCGGAGAUUUGGCUUUCGGUGCGCCCUUCGGAAUGCUGGAGAACAACCGUGAUAUCGUCGAGAUGAGGAAGACCCCUGACUCCCCAGUCACCUAUAUCAAUGCAGUUGAGGUUCUGAAUCGCCGUGGAGAAGUCGCUGCCACGCUCGGCACACUCCCAGGCCUCAUCCCUUGGGCAAGAUGGCUGCCAGAUCCCUUCUUUCGCCUGGGAGCAGAAGCCAUUUCCAACCUUGCGGGCAUUGCAACUUCAGCGGUCAACCGGCGUUUACAACUUCAGGGUACUACAGAGGAGCGCACCGAUCUUCUGACUCGACUGAUCGAAGGAAAAGACGGGAACGGCAAUAAACUCGGUCGUCUAGAGUUGACAGGAGAGGCCCUGACCCUGAUCACCGCGGGGUCCGAUACAACUUCCAACACAUUCUGUGCUAUUCUCUACUGGGUUCUGAAAACUCCUCAUGUAAUGCCCAAAUUACAGAAGGCUCUCGAUGAGGCACUUGCCCAAGAUGUUGAAGUCCCAACUUUGGACAUGGUGAAGAAUAUUACUUAUCUCCAAUGGGUGAUCUGGGAAGUCCUACGUAUUCAUAGCACCUUCGGUCUCGGUCUUCCUCGUCAGAUUCCUCCCGAGAGGGGUGUUGUCGAAGUAUGUGGUCACAAGUUCUAUCCCGGUGAUAUCCUGUCUGUCCCCAUCUACUCUGUCCACCGUCUCAAAGAAGUUUGGGGCCCUGAUGCCGAGGAGUUUGUUCCUGAGCGUUGGGAUCCCGCACGUGUGACGCAGCGUCAGAAGGAUGCCUUCAUACCUUUCAGUCUCGGCCCCAGAGCUUGCAUUGGAAGAAAUCUCGCUGAGAUGGAGCUCUUUGUGGGAUGUUCUUCUUUCUUCCGCCUCUUUGAUAUUACUUUGGAACAGGAAGGGCCGAUGCAGAUUUCGGAAGGCUUCCUUCGCAAGCCCGUCGAGUUGAUGGUUGGCAUAAAGAGAAGGACACCCAAAUCACAGACCUCCACUCAAACGUGA